CUUAAAUCGCAGGUUUAAAGAUGGGUAAAAUAAUUCUAGAGUAUUUGGAUGGAAAUCGAAUUUAUGUAUGCACAAAAUGCCAUAUACAUUUAUCAAAUUACGAGAGUAGAAUAUCGAAGAAUUUCAGAGGUGGAACUGGUUAGGCAUUCUUGUUUGAUUAUGGUAUCAAUUAUCAUGUUGGAGUUCCUGAGGACAAGGAUUUGAUGACUGGAAAGCAUACAGUGCAAGAUCUGAUUUGCAAUGGUUGUAACUAGGUGAUUGGGUGGAAAUAUAUCAAAGCACAUCGAGAAUCAGAGAAAUACAAGGAGGGGAAGAUAAUUAUAGAAAGACAUUACAUAAAAAGAAUUAAAUGGAACUGAAUCUAUCUAUAUAUAUAAUAUAUAUUAUUAUAAC